GCUGUCGAGCUGCUGCUGCUGCCGCCGCCGGGCAGGGACUGGGAGCCGGGGCGCGCGAGGAGCGCUAGCAGAGCGGGGCCCGCCCCAUGGUGAGGCGCAGGCAGGUGUGGCGCUGCUGUGCCGAGCUCUGGUCGGAGUCCUGUGCGUGGCCGGCGGAGCGGCGGCGGCGGCGGGAGCAGCAGGCGGAACAGCCCCCGGGGAGGAUUCGCCGUCGCAGCGCAGUUAUGGACGAGGAGGAGGAAGAAGAAAGCCCUCGGGAGAGGUCUUCACUUAAAGAAAUGUAUGAAGAACAGCCUUUGUCUGCUUGCAGUCAAUAUCCUAAAGAAGCUUUAAGGAAACGACAGCAUUCAAGUCAAGGUUCCCAGGGCAGUGAUUCCUCUCGGGUAUCCCGGAAAAGCUUCCGACUGGACUACAGGUUGGAAGAAGAUGUCACAAAAUCAAAGAGAGGUAAAGAUGGAAGGUUUGUCAACCCUUGGCCAACGUGGAAAUCACUGUCUUUCCCUAAUAUUAUGAAGUGGAUUCUUACAGAGAAGAACAACAGCAAAGUUCCGUGUUCAAAGCAGGAACUUGACAAAGAGCUUCCAGUAGUGCAGCCAUACUUUGUUCAGAACCCAGAGUUAGCCGGAAAGACUGGAGCUGGUAUGCGAGUCACAUGGCUAGGACAUGCCUCAGUAAUGGUGGAAAUGGAUGAACUUACAUUUCUGACUGACCCUAUCUUCAGCCAUCGGGCUUCUCCAGUCCAGUGGAUGGGUCCUAAGCGUUUCCGAGGACCUCCGUGCACAGUAGAUCAGCUCCCCAAGAUAGAUGCAGUGGUGAUCAGCCACAACCAUUAUGACCAUUUGGACUACAACACUGUAUUGAAUUUAAACACUCGUUUUGGAAGUGACCUGAGAUGGUUUGUGCCCUUGGGUCUCUUAGACUGGAUGCAGAAAUGUGGCUGUGAGAAUGUCAUUGAACUGGACUGGUGGGGAGAAAACUGUGUUCCUGGUCAUGAUGCAGUCACAUUCGUUUUCACUCCUUCCCAACACUGGUCCAAAAGGACUGCUACCGAUGACAACAAAGUUCUCUGGGGAAGCUGGUCUGUCUUGGGACCUUGGAAUAGGUUUUUCUUUGCAGGAGACACUGGCUAUUGCAUUGCAUUUGAAGAGAUAGGGAGAAGAUUUGGGCCUUUUGAUCUUGCUGCUAUCCCUAUUGGAGCAUACGAGCCAAGGUGGUUUAUGAAAUACCAGCAUGUGGACCCUGAAGAAGCUGUACGGAUUCAUAUAGAUGUUCAGGCAAAGAAAUCUGUUGGAAUUCACUGGGGAACUUUUGCUUUAGCCAAUGAGUAUUACUUGGACCCUCCAGCUAAACUGAAGGAAGCUCUUGAUAGUUAUGGGCUGAAAACUGAGGAUUUCUUUGUCUUAAAGCAUGGAGAAUCUCAAGACAUAAGUAUCAGUGAUGAUGGAUUUGAAUAAAAAUGCAAACAUUCAACUGUUUUGUAUGUUACUUCUUGACAGAAAGCAGGAACAAAAUUAGAUUGGUAAAAUUUUUUUGUAAAAAUUUAAACUGGAUUCUUAAAACUUCAGGUAUAUUUGUGGAUGAUCUAACAGUUCCUUUUAAACCCUUGCAUACGAGCCUAACUGUAAAAGUGCAACUUUUUAAUAAACCAAAUGAAA